AGCCCCACUUUGGGCCUCAUGCGGAUUCUGUAGGAGCCCUGUGACCUGUCUACAGACUCUUUUCUAUACCCCGGGAGGGCAGCUCCUCAGAUCGCACACACACGCUCUGGCGUUGGCCCCUUCUCAUACCAGUCUCGCCAGCUGGUCUUCUCGUCACUGCUCCAGUUUCACCCAAUUGGAAUCCACCCUGUCGGAGGUCCUUUCCCACUUUAGAGCUCCUGGGUGACCCCUCGCUAUCAUUCCAGGAUUCCUCCACCUCCACCCUCAUUCCCUUCUUGGCAAGACAUCGCUUCCCAGACCCAUUCUUAAAACACUCUUUGAAUCACGUUUUUCGGGGUGUCUCUUUCUUCCUCUGUCCAAGGUCACAAGAUCUCCCCUACAUCCUUCACUCUGGUGGUGUCAAGACGUUGGGGAUCCGAAAGAUCUUGUUCAGGCCUGCGGGCACUUUAGUUCGUCAAUUACUCUCGUGCUGUUUUCAGUUGAGACUAAAGAAGACUAGAGCAGAAGGUCCACCUAAUGAUUCUCGGGCCCCACAUUCCCGGACAGUUAAAGGAAGGUGCACUGGGACCUAAAGAGUCGCCAACCCUGCCAGGCUGCUGCGUGCCGCUAAUGAAGAGAGGCAAAGGACAAGCCACAAGAAAGCAGGUGACCAAUCGGCACGCGCCUAGAAGAGGUCGCUCUCAACGUAGCCAAUGAGGCCGCGAAGCCUGCCGUGGCGACCGGAUGACGAGCGGGCACCUGGGUUCUGUAGUUCCGUGAGUGAUGCAUCCCUUACCGCCCCGCCCCCAGCCGCCUUCACCCCGCUAGUGCGCAUGCUCACAGUCUCGGCCUGGGAGGAGGCCGUGCGCAAGGAAGAAGGCGGGACGACAGUAGAAAACAAAAACCGCUGGACGAAAAGUGCGAGGCGGUGCGGAGGGAUAGCGGCGCAGCCCCAGCAUGCACCUGGCCUGAGGGUUGUUCCCAGCAAGCACUGGGGUAGUGGGCAGAGGUUCCCGGCAUGCACUGGCAUAGAGCAAAUGCUGGCCGCCAACCCGGGCAAGACCCCGAUCAGCCUUCUUCAGGAGUAUGGGACCAGAAUAGGAAAGACGCCCGUGUACGACCUUCUCAAAGCCGAGGGCCAAGCCCAUCAGCCUAAUUUCACCUUCCGGGUCACCGUUGGCGACACCAGCUGCACUGGUCAGGGCCCCAGCAAGAAGGCAGCCAAGCACAAGGCAGCUGAGGUGGCCCUCAGAUACCUCAAAGGGGGGAGCGUGCUGGAGCCAGCCCUGGAGGGCAGCAGUUCUUUCUCUCUCCUAGACUCUUCACUGCCUGAGGACUCGCCUGUCAUUGCUGCAGAAGCUGCUGCCCCUGUUCCAUCUGCUAUACUAACCAGGAGUCCUCCCAUGGAGAUGCAGCCCCCUGUCUCCCCUCCGCAGUCUGAGUGCAACCCUGUUGGAGCUCUGCAGGAACUUGUGGUGCAAAAAGGCUGGCGUUUGCCAGAGUACAUGGUGACCCAGGAGUCUGGGCCUGCUCAUCGCAAAGAAUUCACCAUGACAUGCCGGGUGGAGCGCUUCAUUGAGAUUGGCAGUGGCACUUCCAAAAAGCUGGCAAAGCGUAAUGCAGCAGCUAAAAUGCUGCUUCGAGUGCACACAGUUCCUCUGGAUGCCCGGGAUGGCAACGAGGCAGAACCUGAUGACGAUCAUUUCUCCAUUGGUGUGAGCUCCCGCCUCGAUGGACUUCGGAACCGGGGGCCAGGCUGCACCUGGGAUUCCCUGCGCAAUUCUGUGGGAGAAAAGAUCCUGUCCCUUCGAAGUUGCUCUGUGGGUUCUCUGGGGACUCUCGGCUCUGCCUGCUGCAGUGUCCUCAGUGAGCUCUCUGAGGAGCAGGCUUUCCACGUCAGCUACCUGGACAUUGAAGAACUGAGCCUGAGUGGGCUCUGCCAGUGCCUAGUGGAACUGUCCACCCAGCCAGCCACUGUGUGUCAUGGUUCUGCAACCACCAGGGAGGCAGCCCGAGGUGAAGCUGCUCGCCGCGCCCUGCAGUACCUCAGGAUCAUGGCGGGUAGCAAGUAGUGCCCUGGCUGCCGCGAUGGAGGUCACAUUUUACUUC